UCAAUACGCCACGGCCAACAUGGCGGACAUUAAACCUCGACUGGCCGCCUCUUUCAGCCAACCCCAGCGCCACAGCCAUUCCCACACUGCAUCGCGCAGCGCGCGGGCACAGCGCCGCCCGGGGGAGAGAGCGCGCGGCGCGGGCACGGCAGCGCGGGCACGGGAACCAGGGGAGAGCAAGGAGAGCAAGGAGAGCGGCCGGGCUGCACCGGGACACAACGCCCGCACCGGGACACAAUGCCGGCACCAGGAGCCGCCGCUCCUCGCCACCCGGCGGGACGGGCGCUAUCCCUCCGCGGCCCUCGGCCGGCGUUGGCCGCUGCCUCCCGAAGGGAAACCUGCAGCCUGCCCCGAUAGACCCGCAGCCCGCCCCGGGACGCUGGGGACAAGGGCUGGUACCGCCCGGCCGGCCCCGUUGCUGAGUGCGGCCGGGGCAGCCCGUCCCGAGGCCUCGCUCCCUCACUUACCCCUCAUGCCGGCGCUGGGGCCGCCCGUUCGCCUCAGAGCGCGGCGCCCCAACCAACGGCCGCUGCGGCGCCCGCGGGGUCCCACGACCGGCCGAGGCGGAGCGGCGCCCCGAGCCCCGCGGCAGCGCUGCCCGCACCUCGGGACAACGCGGCCCCUGAGCACGGAGCUCGUUCGAAACGCGGUGGCGGCCGCAACGCGAGGAGCUGCGGGCGGCAGUUCGUUAUAGCGCUGAGCUGCGCACACGUGAACUGCUCCAACUCCUGUUUGCAUUGAACCACCGCUCCAAUACCCGCAGCAGCGCUCUCCUAUGUGGGGAGGGACGCUCCGAGCCGCCUUUCUCUCACUGACAUCUCCCCAGAUCAGCCCCAUACGGCUCACAACACUCAUCACAACACUCAUCUCCCUGCCACCGAUUCGAGGGAACGCUGCAGGCGCUGAUCCACCUGUGUCUGCGUCCUACCGCGCUGUGACUGGCGGCCCGCAGUUAAAUCGCAACACGCUUUAAGUUAGUUUUCAAACAACCAGAGCACUGCUUCAAUGUACAUGUUCCUCCACGUCUGAAGCAAAAGAUGAUAGUUCCCUUCUGUUUAUGAGACGCAGUAGCUGAAACCUGUUCUUGCUCUGACACGUUUUAGUCCUGGGAAAUGGAACUUCAGGAAAAAAGGAUGUACAAACAUGAAAAGGACUUGAUUCAUUUGCUGAUCUCUUAAGCCUGCAUGUCCGACUUCCCAACAGGAGCGUGGAACUGCUUCACCUGCACUCACAGGCUGUUGGGACAGGGAGCUCUGUCUGCAUGGAAACGGGUCAUGAAUGUCACUUCCUUUAAGGUAUUUGGCUUCCUUGUUUUUGAAGGGAUGCUGGUAUGAACCGAAGGGUAUCACUGUAUUCAUUUCUAUUCCGGUAAUGACAGCAAAGCCAAAUGUAAAAAUUACAUCUUGCUUUUUCAUGCUAAUAUUAAAGCUUAAGCAUUCCCUACCUGGAAAAAAAGUAAUCCUAAAAUAAAUGGCAUCUAAAACUUUGACAGAGUUUUCAACAAAUACUGAAUAAUUUAGUUUAUCCAAAUAGCAGCCGGAUGAGGCAAUGCAAAAGAUAAAUAGCAGCACAUUGUCACGCACAGGCUUUGACCUCAAACACCCAGUGAAAAUGAAACACCUGGAAGCUAAGCAAAAAAUAAGGCAGUGAUGUACGACUCUCCACUUCCACCGAUGAAAGAAAAACAAUACACAACAAAAAACAAAGCACAGAAAACAUCCUGAGCUAUAAAGAAAGAAUACUCCAGUUUAAGCUUAUCCUCAAUUGACCUUUGCAUUUCUAACCCCUCUAUGGGCUGAAGAAAAGCGCAGAGCGUGCAGAACGGACACUAACACUUGGACACAAACAGGAUGCAUUAAGAUGAAAUGUUGGCCCGAAGCUCUUGGACUCAUCAGCUUUUAAUGUUUUACUAAUAAAAUACCGUCCAACUAUUUUGUGGCAGAAACUGAUGAGACCUCAAAAUCACCUUCAUUAAUCUGCUGGUGAGAUGAGAUGAGGACUGUGAUUUGAGAACAAGGAUAUUCCAAAGCAAUGCGACAUCAGCACCAAUUUCUGUUCUGCAAAGGACACAGACAUCUUUGUUGCAACAUGAAUUGCGUUCUUCAGCCAUUUGGUAGAAGAGGAAAACACAAAGAAUACCAGAAGGUGGAAAGAUGCUCUAACCUCUGACUUGCAGGAAGAGGAGCAUAUUAUUUUGUACAAGUUGCAGUCUGGAAGAGGUGUGGAGGAACCUGACUUCCUAGAGCAGGAGAGUCUGGAGCAAGAAAGACAUCCCUGAUUCACAGCUGGGAAACAGGUUACCACCGAAGAAGGCUUUUUAAACAGAAAUCAUUGCUGUAACUCGAUACUGACAUGUGUAAUGUGGACUACUACAGAUAACAAAGUCAUAAAACGAGAAAGGAGAAACAAGAUUCUAUGUGCAAAAGAUUUAUAGAAUAGGAAGACCUACUUAUUCCCCCUUCUGAAACCUUGUUGAGUGUUGAACCGAAGACCAGAUGAAUAGUUUAGAACGUUCAAAAAGGAAGAGCCAGGUGAUGAAGCCAUCAAAGUAUGUUACCACACAUAGAAAAAUAAAGACUGUUGAUAUAUGCAGUGAAUGAAGCAGGAGGCAUGGCCUCUACUUGAAGCAAGUCUCAGAUUAUAUUCUUUCAUACCGCAAACACACAUCUGGAAAACUGUCUACACAUCACUACU